AUGGCAAAGGUUCUGGAGCAGGCCAAACAAGCCAGAUUCCUCGACCGCGGCAUACUGCCAACCUUUGCUGAUUCGACUCUGGCCGCACUGGGAUCAAACUAUGCGGCGAGCGCUGGUACCAGCGGUUAUAAGGAGCCCGGCGAGCCCACCGGGAUGCAGUGGGAUUCGGUGCUGAAAAACAAUCGGGCCCUCCACGGCUACUACACAGACUUUGACAAGGGAAUUCUGGUGAAGGCGCUCAAGCAGGCAUUCAGGCUGCGAGGCAUCGCCACCCCUGGAAUCUCGCCCAAGUGCAAUCCUUCGAUUCCGCCUUUCUAUAUCUACAACACUGCCUCGGUCUCCUUAACCGAAAUACGACAGCAGAAUCAGCGUUCACUCAUCAAAGAAGGCUUCAACUCCUUUGGUGGGGGAGCCAAGAUUCCUCUUACCGUGUUUGCCGCCUUCGACGAGGAGCAUGCUUGGAGUCAACAGGAUAAUCAGAGUACCGAUGUCGACUCUCUCGCCGUGACUUACAAUCUGCCGCGCAUUGUGAUUGAAUUGGACGCAGACAGUCUAGAAAUGAACCCGGAGUGCAGUUUGGACGCAAAGGCCGCAUCAACUACAGAUGAAGUUGCACUUUUUCACCGCAAGUACGGAAUUGUCUUUGCCACUUCUUUCACUUUGGGAGGUUACUUGCACAGCUCCCGUAAUGUUACCAAGAAUGAGCUGGCCACCCUUGACCAAGUCAAAGAUACCACCCGCACAGCCGCAGGCUUGAGCAUCCAGACUCCGUCUGUCAGUGCAUCUAUUGGCAUAGCAUCUACUAGCGGUACGGGGUCGCAGGCAGGAGGUACAUCUCUCAAUCAAGGGGCUCGGCUCACCUGGGAUGCUAAUGGUGGAAACACGCUUCUCGCAUCCAAUCCCACCGACUGGGUUAGCACAGUCAAAGACUACCGUCUCUGGCGUUUGAUGGAUCAACAACGAGUCGUUCAGCUCGACGGCCUGAUCCGGGACCUCGACAGUGUCGCGUACAGCAAUUUAAACGACCCCUCCGCUUCAUCCGAUGCGGGCAAGGACCCUAUCAAAGACCCCGAUUUCAAUGCCCGCAUUCGUCUCGCUCAGUACGACGCAAUGCCCGCGUCUGCCGUGUAUAACCUGUAUAGCCAGUUCCUGGCCCAGAACUACCCUGAUUCGGAUGCGGCGAAGAUUCCGGUGGGCAUUAAGUUUAGUGGACUAACCCUAGAUCAAAUUGUCUACUUCGGUCUCUUCAUGGCUAGUAAGGGAAACCUCAAGUUUAACUGA